AUAAUGCAUAAAGUGACAGACAAUUACGGACGCUAGACGAAAAACAUUGUAUUUAAUACUCUGUGCAAUUUGAAAAGAUAAACAUAUCAAUUCAAAAACUGUCUUAUCGUCGUUUAUUUAGAGAUUAUUCAACGUAUUUACAUUCUGUAUCGUUUUUGUGUGCUUUAAAAAUAAGUUAUCGCACUUCCCGUAGAGGCAGUGAUAUUAUUUUUCGUACACAUUGCGUUCAGUUGAAAAAUUGUAACCGGAUAGUGCAUUUGAAAUAAAAGAAAUACUUGAAGAUAAAUAACAACAACAGCGUUGAUUUAGUCGAAAAUGUAUAGCCGAACAGUAUUAAAGUCAGUGCAUAUGAAAAGUGGUGCACGGUUGAUUUUGGGGCGAUUUCUGUCAACCGAUGCGUUGACAGAAAAAAGAGUUCCAUUAAGUGAGUUGGCAAAGAAAAAUAUGAUUUAUACCGAAAAAGAUGGAUACAUAAUAAAAUCGCCGUACGAACAAAUUUCCAUUCCGGAUAUGACCAUCGAUCAAUAUUUUUGGAAAAAUAUGCCAAAAUGGCAAAAUCACAUUGCAAUUCAAUGUGGAGUUACUGGACGCAAAUAUACGUAUGCAAAGCUCAGAGAUCAUUGUGCUGCGUUAGCAAUUCGAUUGAGAACGAAUUUAAAGUUGGAAAAAAAUGACAUCGUUUGCAUUUGCCUCCCAAAUGUACCAGAGUAUUUAAUUGCCUUGAUGGGAGCAGCUGAGGCUAGCUUAAUCGUAACAACAGUCAAUCCAUGGUAUACAAGCGAAGAAAUCUCACGUCAAUUGAUAAGUAGCCGUCCAAAAGCUAUUUUUUGCCUAGUCGAUAAUUUUGAUGUGGUGAAAAAAGCUUGUGCUCUCGCACAACAACCUGAUAUUAAAGUGAUUGCAAUUAAAAGUGAGUUAAAUCAUUCAUUUCGAGAUGAUAUGAUUAACUUUACCGAAUUGAUAAAUCCAAAAGGUCUUAAUUUGUCCGAUGCCACAAAAUUCAAUAAAGACACUGGAUGCGAUGAUAUCGCAUUGCUUCCAUAUUCUUCUGGUACGACGGGGAUGCCAAAAGGUGUUAUGUUGACGCAUAAUAAUAUAGUAUCGAAUUGUGAGGCUAUGGAUGUAAGACUUCCAUAUACACAAAUUGUUCAUGCCACAACUAACGAUUUCCAGGAGAUUGUGCCUGUCUUUUUGCCAUUCUAUCAUCUCUAUGGUCUGAUUAUCAUACUGCUUUCGAAGCUAUCACUGGGCACAAAAAUUAUUUCAAUGCCAAAAUACGAAAUAAAUGAAUUUUUACGAAUUAUAAAGCAUCAUAAAGCGACACUUUUACAUUUAGUGCCACCAGUAAUAAUUCAGUUGGCUAAUUACGAAGGCGCCAAACCAAAUCACUUCAAAUAUGCGCGUUUAGUAAUGAGUGCUGCUUCGAAUCUGGCUCAAACUGAUGCUGAUCGCUUUAAAAAACUAGCUCAAAAUGCUUCAUUCUUUCAAGGGUAUGGCUUGUCAGAGACAUCGCCGCUAGCAACGUUAACACCUCAAGGACUUACAAAUUACGGAACUGUGGGUUGGCCAGUUUCGAAUGUUGAAAUGAAAAUUGCCGGCGUAGAUGAUCCAAGUUUCAAGGGUUUGGCCGCAAAUGAAACCGGCGAACUACUUGUACGCGGUCCAAACGUCAUGAAGGGCUACUUUCAAAAUGAGGAAGCAACCAAAGCAAUGAUUACCGAAGAUAAAUGGCUUCGUACUGGUGAUAUUGGGUACUAUAAUGAGGAUGGGCUAUUUUAUAUCAGUGAUCGUUUGAAGGAAUUGAUUAAAGUCAAUGCAAAUCAAGUUGCGCCAGCUGAGCUUGAGGGAAUCAUACGCGAAAAUCCUGAUAUACUAGACGCGGUAGUAAUUGGAGUUCCAGAUCCCAAAUGUGGCGAAGUACCAAAGGCAUUUGUCGUACGACGACCUGAAUCAAAAAUAACUGAACAAGAUGUUCAAGAAUUUGUAGAGAAGCAGGUGAUCAAAUAUAAGCGGUUGACGGGUGGUGUUCAAUUCGUAGAUAGUAUUCCAAAAAGUCCAACUGGCAAAAUUCUACGCCGUGAAAUUCGCAAAUUAUUCUUAAAAAUAUAAUAUUUUCAAUUCAUUUUUACCUUUUUACAAUUUUUUUAACAUUGAACUUGAAACCAUUAUUUAAAAAAAUACUUGAAGCAACACUUUAUUACAAUUUAUUUUAUUUGAGGUAAUGAUGAGAUAUGAAGUGUGAGCAUCAAGAAUACUAUGACACUUUUCGUUUCAAAUCGUAUACACAGUUUUUUUUUUGGCGAAAUUCUUUGGCAUAAAAUUUUAUAGAUAUUUGUCAUAUUCUUGUUUAUUUGUUUUAUCAUCCAAUCAGCGAAUCAGUUCACUUGUGUUUUCUAUUUAUUUUUAUCACCACAUAAAUAUGUUUCGCAGUGAAUUGUUAAAGUCAACCAUUAAGAAAAGAUGUGCUUAAUGGCUACUCAAGCGAUUUCAAUCACUGAACGUUCUUGACAAGAAUGUUUGAAUUACAAUUUUUUGAAUUACGAUUUUCGAAAGAAAACAUUUGAAUUUACAACAGAAUCAUAUAUUGCUCUAUAUGUUCCGAAUGUACCAAGGCAAUGGUCAACGCAUUGAUACGUUAAUCAAGUUUUGAUAAUUAGAAAAUUGACAAGGGAGAAAGAAAUCGACGCGUAGACUAUGAUGCAAAUUUCAUUAAUAAUUUUUUUCAAAGAGAUAAUGAUAAAGUACGAAAUUUUUUGUUUACGAAUAUAAACUUAAUGGGAAAGAUUUAAUUUUUUGACGAACAUAAAGAUUAUUGUAGUAAAAUACAAUGCAGCCACUUUAAAUAUAGAUGAAUUAAUGAAUACAAAUGGUAAA